UCGUGAUAUCAUCGAGUGUUAUAGAUUCUUCAAGUAAUUCGUAAAACGUAUAAAAACGUAAAAGGAUAAAUCAUGACUGUACCUAUAUAUAAAAAGGAACAUGAUCCUCAAGACAUUUUCCGAGAAAAUGAUCCAAACGCUUAUCAAAUCAUUGAUGUAAGAAAUUAUAUCACGACUUAUAGAAGAAAUCGACCAAGAACUUAUCGACCCUUUAUUCGAAAUUAUUAUAAUCAUUGUAAUAAUAAUAAAACUCCCAUAAUGGUUUAUUAUGGCAACGAUGAAGACGAUGAUAAUGAAGAAAAUAAUAUUGGAAGUGAUGAUCUAGCGGCUAUUCAAAUGCCUAUCGAUAUAUCGGUGAUUCUAUAUUGCAUGAUUAAUGUCAUCAUCACAUUGUGAAAAAGGUGCCACAUACACAAAAUCAAUUCAUUAUCUUUUGGGCUCUUUUACGAGAUCGAGACAAGCCAGAUGCAAGCCAGAUGCAAGCCAGAUGCAAACCAGAUGCAAACCAGAUGCAAGUCAGAUGCAAUCUAGGACACGUGGAUCUAUUUCCUCUAUUCUGAUUAUAAAUCUUUGUUGUGAUCAUAAUUAUCUAAUAAUCUUUACCUAUUGAACAUUUUUCCAUUGAUUUUUUUUAACGAAAAUUGCGUCAAAAGUUUUUACAAAAAUUUA